ACCACAAGGCGGGAGGCUCUCUCGCUGUAUCGCGCGGUGUGGCGGGCGUCGUUCCUGUUCGUGUGGAAGAACGAGAAGGGGGAGGAAUGGCGGGAUAUCAUCAGGGAGAGCGCCAGGAAAGAGUUCGAGGCGGCGAGGCACGAGAAGGACCCGGAGAUGAUCACCCGUCUGCUCGUCACCGGGAGGGAUUACCUGGACCAGGCGAUGGAGAAGUUCAUGACCAAGCGGCAGUCCAUCAUCGACGGUGA